UUCCAACAUGGAGCCGACAGAUGGUCAGCGGGGGAGGGACGGCGGUCACAAACGCUCCCCCUUUGACGUCAUCUUGAGUCAGAUCCGCAGGAAGCGCUCAGCCUCAGACAGGAAGCCGCUGGGACGCUUUCUGUCCUGGACUUCAGAUCGGACGGGGAUCCCCGAGGACGCGGAGCCGGAGAGCCGAGGACUGAGUCCAGGUGUCCCGGUGCCAGCAGAGAGCGAGCAAGACGUCGGCUGGGGUCGAGUUUGUGUUUUCCUGCAGAAGUUGGGGAAGAAGGCUGACAGCCGGAGUCUGAGUCUGGCUCACUGUGAUCUGACCCCCACAGACCUGCUGGAGCUCGCAUCGUUGCUGCAGUUCCUCCCUCAGCUGGAGGAGAUGGACGUCUCCUGGAACGAGCUGGUUGGUGGAAGUCUGAUGGCGUUAACCUCUCACCUCCAGCAUGUGGGCGGGGUCAGGACCCUGAGGCUCUGCAGCUGCAGGAUGAACUCUGAGGACGUCUCUGCUCUGGGCGAAGCUCUCGGUUGUGUCCCUCAUCUGGAGAUCCUGGAUUUGUCCUGGAACGGCGGCGUUGGAGGCGGCGCUUUGCGAGGCCUGCUGGGUAAACUUCCACCGUCACUGAGGGAGCUCCACCUGGUGGCCUGUCGGCUCUCUGCAGUGGACGCUGCAGCUCUGGGUGGAAUGGUGUCCAUCCUGCCGAAGCUCUGUCUUCUGGACGUCUCCUGCAACCCUCAGCUCUCACAAGAAAUGGACCAGGGUGGUUUCAGAGAGCUGGCCUCCUCCCUGUCUCACGCCACCUCCCUGACCACGCUUCGGUUCCAGGCCUGCGGUCUGACACCAGCCUGUCUGGACGAUCUUGGUGGUUCAUUUCACUGCCUCCCCUCUGUGCGAGAGUUGGACUUGUCCUGUAACAAACGCCUGUCAGGAGGCCUGACCCGCCUCACCUCUCACCUGGCUCACCUCUCACACCUGGAGGUCCUGGACCUCCACCUGUGCUGCCUGACGCCGGCUGACGUGGAGGCCCUGACCCAGGUGCUCCCCUCUCUGCCGGCGCUGGUGGAGCUCGACGUUUCGUCCAAUAAGGAGGCAGGACACAUGGUCCAUCAGCUGGUCUCCGCCCUCCAGCUGACCCAGAUGAGGCGGCUGCCGCUCAACAGCUGCAGGCUGGACAAAGAGUCUUUUACUGCUCUGGCUCUGGCGGUGCCAUACCUGCACAGCCUGGAUGUUUCCUGGUGUAAGGUGGUCGGGACCCGGUUGCAGUUGCUGCUGGACUCUCUGCAGCCGUCCGUCAUCGUGGAGCUCCGCCUCAGCAGCUGCCAGCUCGUCACCGAUGACCUGCGUCGCCUCGCUGAGGUGUGCAGGCGCAGCUGUCUAUCCUCCCUCCGGCUUUUGGACCUGUCCUACAACGGCUCGGUCGGAGACGAUGGCUGGUCUGCCCUGUUUGCCGCGGGCGGCCUCGGCUCGAUGGAGGACCUGGACCUCAGCCUGCGACCUUUGACCUCUGCUCCCUGCUCGGGUUGGCUGCACGUGCUGCUCUCGGCUCUGCCCAGGAUGCCGGCACUGGCCCGGCUGGCGAUGCGGCGCUGGAGCACGGGACCCCAGGAGAGACGACAGCUGGAGUACACCGUGAAGCACAGAAACAUCCGACUGGACCUGGACCAGAACCCCACAGAGUCCGAGUGGAAGGUGACGGAUCAGGAAGAGAGUCAGCCGGAGGAGUAG